CAAAGCCAGCGGCCCCGCGCAGGGGAAAGCGGGGCCAUGGCUGAAGCUGCCGAGCUCAAUGGCGAAUCUCAACGGGCUGAAGGCAAAACCCAGCCUCAGCCCGCGGAAAGAUUCCUGGCGGGCCUGCCCAGGCGGGCCCCGCGCUCGGUGCUCAAGGUGUCCCAGCUGCUGCUCCAGGUCAUCGGCGAGCACAGCGGCCUGACCCUGGCGGCGCUCAAGAAGGAGCUCGGCAACGCUGGCUACGAAGUGCGCAGGAAGGUCGGCCGCCCCGCGGGCGAAGCGUCCAGGUCUGAGGUCAAGGGCACGCUCCUGCGGGUCAGCGGCAGCGACGCCGCAGGCUACUUCAGGGUCUGGAAGAUUCCCAAACCCAAGAAAAAGCCGGGGCGCCCCAGGCUGGCCGACAGCCGCCGCUGUUUGAGGAGGACCCCGCCCCAGCCGCGGAGCCGAAGGAGGCGACGCACAAGGCGCCAAGCGGCCAAGAAGGCCAGGGAGGUGUGGAGACGCUGCACGCGCGUAAAUGCCAAGGCCAGGAGGGCCAAGCCAAGGGCCAGAGAAUCGGUUCGUGCCAGAGUCAAGGAAGAAGCCAGGGCCAAAGUGAUGGUCGAGGGGCGAGGACGGCCCUCCAAGGAAGACACCAGGCCUAGCUCACGAGAGGAGAAGAGGCCAAGCUCCAAGCUCAGAGAAGAGAAGAAGCAGGAACCCGAGAAGCCGGUAAAACGGACCAUCCAACAGCCAACUGAGGUUAAAACCGACCGUGCCUCCAGCGGACAGGGGAAGGCGCGCACAAAAACUUCCACUAAAUCUGAAGGUCCUCGAAAUGCAGUCGGGAAUCCAUAG